UGAUCUAUUUUUAGACUACGAAUGCUUAUAAAGAGGACUAAGUUUAACUGAAUCACUUGACGGUUGGACUUGCAUUGAAUUUCCGCUCCAGUACAUCACAAUAAGAGAUUUAUGUCUGAGCAUUGCCGUCUAUUGUAAUUUUGUACCUAGUCGAACAAUAGCAUAGUGACAGAGCGUAGAAAGAAACCCGUGUUAAACUACAUCUGUGUUCCUUUUUAGUAAGUUCUGGUGUUACCUCUUGAGCGACGGAUAUACGCCACGUAUCUGGGAACCACACCUGUUUCUUAACGUUUUUUUGAAGUCUCGUAUACCAUGGCAGAUCCGGCAGAUAAUAUGGCUAGUUUCGAUAGCCCAGUAUACGAGCGCGAUGAUGACAUAGGAUCUAGUACUAUUGAAGCCACGACAGAGAAUCAGUCACAGCAAAUGGAUUCUGAUGAGUUAAACAUUACUAGCACUUCUACACAUUCAGAUGCGUCGACACUGCCAAAGGAUUCACCUGGGCUAAACGGCGUCGACAAUAAUCAGAAUACGGACGAUUCGUACGAUGACGAUGAGCACGAGUACACAUACCCUGACGGACUAACUGGUGGCACUUUCGACGCCCCAGCGCCGACGUCUGCAUUGAUCAACGCAAAUAAGACAGAAAACGUGAUGUUGAAGGAGGUAGUUAUAUCUGACAGUCGACACACACAAUCGUUACCAGAUUAUUAUGAUUCUGCUCCAAGCAAAACAAAACCGUACAAAUUCUACGGUAAAUUCCAUUCAACGUAUCGAAUCUGCAAGAUUUUUGGUUUUAUUUUCCUUGCCUUAGCAGUGGUAGCAACUUGUACCAUUCUUGUUCUUAGAGUGAGCGUUGAUCAUGAAAUUUUCGAUGAUGAAGAAGGAUCCACAGUAGUUGCAGUAAAAGAAAUGACGUAUAGAUUCACCUCAUCGAUUGCCGUGACACAAAUAGGCGGAAACCCAAUAGUGUUCUCAGAAGCGUUAAAUGAUAAAGAAUCGGACGAAUACAUACGCGUUGCAGAUGAAGUCCAAAACUCAAUGGAUGAUGUUUACAGAACUGGGGAUUUAAGCGAUGCAUAUGAGAGGAGUAUAGUCACCAACAUUCGCUUUGGAAGUGUGAUUGUAGAUAUUGAUUUAAUUUUCAAAUCAACGAAAAUAAUCCCUUCAAAUAAAGUCGAAAGUGAGAUCCAAAAUGAACUAGCAAGAAACAGUAACGUUAUUGGGGAAAUUAUGAUCGAUCCAGAAAGUGUCUCGGUCACAGAUUAUGAUGCACAACACCCAACAACAAACCCAAGCGUUAAACCAGCCACGGCAAGUUCGACUGUCAUGCCAGUUAUAGAUAACACAGUAACUUCUCAACUAUCUGAAAUAACAUCUACCUAUGAAGAAAAUACAGUAGUCCAGUUUCAAACAACAAGUGACUCUAUGGAAUCAACAUCACUUCAAGAAGAAUCUGUGACUCCAUAUACAGAAAUUUCAGAGAGUUCCACUGAGUCAAAAAUUUCAGACAAGUUAACCUCUAUAGAACCAAUGGAGCCAUCAUCGUCAGAUUUUAUGACAGACUCUUCAGAAUCAACUACGAAUGCAGCAUUUAUCGAAACCACAAUUGCACCAGCUGAAUCCAGUACGCCCUAUAUUCCAAUUACUUUAAAACCAACUUCGAAACCUAUAACAACAUCUUUGAUAGAGGGACACGGGACUUCACCAGAAGAACCAAAGACAACAGAAGAAGACGUCAGACCACCAACUACCGAAUCUCCAGAUGACUAUGGAAGUAAAACAUUCCCUAUUGUAACAACAUCAUUAGAGUAUACACAAUCAAUCACGGGUGCAACUUCAGGUUUUAGCUCAGAAUACUCCACAGAAGAAGGUAUUGUCAUUCGAGAUUGUGCUGAAGAUGAAAUACUGUGUUCAAAUACAACCUGUAUCUCAAUUGAUACGCUGUGCAAUAGUAGCUAUAAAUGUAUAGAAAACGGCGAGCAAUAUGGAUGUUCCAUUGGUGUCAACUCUACUUGCGCUCAACAACGUGAAUUACUUUUGAAAGUUUCUGCAUACUAUAACGAGACGAUUUUUUGGCUUUAUUCGUGUUUGGAUGAUGGCUCAUGGGACCCUCUUCAAUGCAUACCGUCUGAGAAUGAAUGCUUUUGUGUCGACGAAUACGGGUUUGACAUAGGCCUACAUAACUCAACGUAUGACAACAAACCUAAUUGUACAGAGGCCGUAUCGACGCUCCCACCCGUACUUGGUAGUAAGUAAUG